GUUUCCUGAGGUUGACGCCACUCCAUGACAGCCACCAUGCCGACGUCGACGUUCAACAAACGCCGUAGCCGGUGCGCAUUGUUCCUGUUCGUGUUGGCUGCAGGAGAGACGCUAGCUGCGUCCAUUUCCGGGUCGGAAGCGUCCAGCCCCAAGCCGCCUAUGUGGCCGGAUCAGUUCACGUCCAAGUUCACCGUCCGUAUAGAGAAGUACGGAGACGACUUCAACAAACCUGGCGUCGUCUAUUAUAACUGGAAGACUAAGACGUUACGCAGUGAUUUCAUUGACUGGUGCUUGCCGCUGUUCGAGGGGCCCGCCCGUUACCAGAACUACACGUGCUCCUUCCUGAUGGCUGACGGGAACAUGUACUUCGUGAACCACACGGCGAGCAGCUGGCAGGACCACGACUGUUGUCUGUUCGCAGGAGGGUUAGGGACCAUCACUCCGGACUGGGUCAAGAACUGUCAGUACAACGGAACGGACAUGCUCAGGGGACAAAAGGUUGACGUGUGGUGGUUUCCCGGCACAUCGGACCCAAGCAAGCCGUGUUACGGGUACUGGGACACGGUGGACGAUCACACUCCGGUACAGUUCUUCGGACUAGCCUCUAUUGGUCCAGCAAUUCUAGACUAUGACUCCUUCAAAGUCGGCCCACCGAUCGCCGACAUGACCAAACCACACGGAGGAUGUAGUAAAGAGUGCGAGCCUACGGGACCUGGAGCUAGGCUAUUUGACAUACCCUGGCCGUCGUGUGGAUAGCUAUAGUACGAACACUUAGUUGAACAUACCUUAUCAUCAUCAUCAUUAUCAUCAUCAUCAUAAUCAUGAACAUAUCACAAACACUACUGUUGUUGCAAUAUCAAUACUUAUGAAGGUUUUCGUUUUUUUACUAUUCCCGGUCGCCAGUAUAACGCGUUAACAAUUGACGUAAUAUUCAAAAUGCAAAGUAUACAAGUAACAAUAUCAUAUUUCUAUUGCCCUUGACAUGUUCAUAAUAAAGGUAUAGUACUAGUGCUAGUAAUUGUAACAA